GUCCCAAUUUGCAACAGUGUAGUUUUCCCGCCUCUGUCCCUCCCAUUUCCAUUUCCGGAAACCCUAAUUCGAAAAAUGGUGCAGAAGCAAGGAGCCUCCGCCGAUCCCACCGCCACCGAACCUAAGAAACGACGUCGCGUCGGCUUCUCCAGCGUCGAUGCUGGACUGGAGGCCAAAGAUUGCAUCAAGAUUUACCUAGUUUCUAGCAAAGAGGAAGUGGGUUCUACAGACAGUUUUUGUAUUGAGCCUGUUGAUUUGAAUAGCUCUUUUGAUGAUGAUGGGAAGAUAUAUGGUUACAAAGGAUUGAAGAUUACGAUAUGGGUUAGCAGUUUAUCCUUUCAUGCGUAUGCUGAUAUUGCAUUUGAGAGCACAACUGAUGGUGGAAAAGGGAUCACCGAUUUGAAGGCAGCUCUUCAGAGAAUUUUUGCUGAGACCCUCGUUGAGAGUGAAGAGGAGUUCCUUCAAACUUUUUCGACGCAGAAGAAUUUGAUUAGAUACAUGGUCACAACUGGGGAGGUGUUACAGUGCAAGACCUCUAAUGGACAAAUAAGUUAUUGUAGUGGUCAGCUUGGAGCAACCACUUCUGAUUUGCAGGUUGUUCGCUUGGUUGUGGGCAAGACAGCUGCUGGGAACCUUUACAGUCACUUGAUUCCUCUUGUUCUUCUUCUUGUUGAUGGUAGCAGUCCGAUCGAUGUCGUGGAUCCAAGAUGGGAGCUGUAUGUCCUGAUCCAGAACAAAAUGGAUGAGAAGGGGGACAUCUACAAUAUAUUGCUUGGUUUAACAGCUGUUUAUCGUUUUUACCAUUAUCCUGAUAGUUCUCGGUUGCGGCUCAGUCAGAUAUUGGUAUUGCCUCCUUACCAACACAAGGGAUAUGGACGAUACCUUCUUGAGGCUCUCAAUGAUGUUGCAGUAUCUGAAAACGUCCAUGACCUCACAGUUGAAGAACCAUUAGAUUACUUCCAACAUGUACGUACCUGUGUUGAUGUACUACGCCUUCAUAAGUUCGACCCAAUCAAGGAUGCGGUUAACUCAGCAGUUUCGCAACUGAAGCAAGGAAAGUUGUCGAAGAAGACACACACUCCUCGACUCAUGCCAGCUACUAGUGUCAUUGAGGAUGCCCGGAAAAGUUUGAAAAUUAACAAGAAACAGUUUCUUCAGUGCUGGGAUGUUUUCCUUUAUCUCGGCCUUGAUCCUGUGGACAAGUACAAGGAGGAUUUUGUGGGAAUUAUUUCUAAUCGCAUGAAGGAAGAUCUCAUAGGAAAAGAUUCUGGGGCGGGUGGGAAGCGAGUGGUUGAAGUUCCAAGCGAAUAUGAGCCGGAGAUGUCAUUUGUCAUGUUCAGGUCACAGGCCGGUGAAGCUACUGGUACUGUUCAGAUAGACGAAAAUCAACCAAAUCAGGAAGAGCAACUCCAGCAAUUAGUUGAGGAGAGAGUGAAAGAGAUCAAAUCAGUAGCUGAGAAAGUGUCUUCGCAGAUCUCCCCCGCUUCGGAGGCAUCAUGAUGGACUUCGAUUUUUCUGAUGCGGUUGCAGUUAACCCAGUGAUGCAAUUUGUUAGGCGAAAACUGGUUUUGUGGAUUGGGAUAUCGGAGGAAGCUUUUCUGUAAAUUACUGAGCUUAUGCGUGAUUCUAGCUUAUGUUAUCAGAAUAUUUGCACAACCUUAUUACUAGUGAAAUUGAGCAGCUAAUGCCUUUAACAUGCUACUUCCGUAACUUUUUAUUCA